AUGUUUAGCUUAAUAAGUCCGUUAUCUGAUGUGCUGGCGCCGCGAAUGUCGCCACUGGAGGAGUUUAUCUGCCAGUGGGAGUCAUUCAGCGGCUUCUUCAGCGAAGAGCAAAACAAAAACAGACAACUUUGCCAGUGUCGAAUCGAAACGACGAACCUCUCCAGCAAGCUGUCUGAGAUGUUGAAUAUUCUCAUCGAGGAGCAGGCAGCCUUUACCAGUGCGAAAAAGGAUGCAACGGAAAUUUGUCCAACAUUAGAGUUUGUCCUGCAAAACAAAAUUCUCGACACCUUAGCGUCGAUUGCGCAAGCAGACAGUCCACUGGGCAUUUCACCCCGACUGCUGCUCUUCUUCACCAAACUCAUUACCGACUCCAAAACAACCGGUCUAAUACCUCUCAUCUCACAGCCGCUCAACAAGCUGAUCUAUAUAUGCGGUAAAACUUAUGCAGGACCUUAUGAAUCCAACGAAAUGACCUUUCUCGACAGUUUAACCGACAAGAUUUACCGAAACCCAGAUUGCCUCAACUUUUUCCUUCACGACUCUUUUCCGCUGAUCAACGCCUUGUUAGCUCUACUCCUCAGUCCCGAUUCCGAAAUCGGUAGAAAAGCCGGUGAAGCUAUCAUCAAGCUGAUCAGUCUGAACAAUGUCAUUGCCGAUAAGGUGAUUUGUGAGCAGACGGCAUUUUGUGGCAAAAUUAUUGAGCAAAUAAUCAGCUCUUACAAUGUGAUACCUCGAUCACUGAACCCCAAAGAGGUGGAAGCUGCUAUCUACACGUUUCGAAGUGACUCCGUAUCUCACUCUACCUUCACCAGCUCUAUGCGCAAGUUUCUCUGCUUUCUAAAGUGGUUCACCAUAUUCGACAUGCUCAUCUACCAUUCCGGCAAUACGACACUAGUCAAGACGAUGCUAAGUCAGUUUAGACUCGAGUUUCUCGAGUCCUGUAUUCUUCCCGACCUCACCGGCGAUGGCUUUACUGAUGAAACAGAUGCCAUUGACAAUGUCUUUCUCACCACAGUCUUGCUCAGUAAUUGCCUUCGAAACACGGAAAGCUACGUUCUGUUCAACUUGAUUUCCGAGUUUUUAACCAUUUCUGAUAAGGUGGACGUCAACAUUCCAAGUCGUCUCAAAAACUACACUCUUCUUCCAAUGCUUUUGAAGCGAUGCAAUCUCUCUGCUCAGAACUUGUGUGAUGACGAACAGGAACGCAGCAAGUCAAUCAAACUAGCCGGUGUCACUCUUCAGCUCUUUGAAGACAUUCUCCUGCGACCUUCUCGCAAUGUAAUGAACUUUCUCGUCAUUGAUCACCUUCGUAAGAAAGACUACCUUGACUUGACAAGAAGUGACGAAAAUGAGGACAGUUUUGAGCCUUUUUUAGAUAAGUUUGUCGUUCCAGACGUUCUUGAUCAUUUGAACUCCGUGGCAAAUGAAACUUCCAAACACAUAAACGUAUUGGCAGCGCCAACCGUAGUAUUAGCAAAACAGAAUGCAAUGAUCUACUACUUCUCCUCGUUAAUUCCCACCGAGCUGAAGUUUAACCGUGAAAAUGAGAGCAGCGAUUAUGUGGCAUACCUGAAGGAAGCUAUAAAAGGAGUGAACAUCUUUUUGAUAUCAUGCUACGCACACUGGAGUACGGAUCAGAACGAAGAGGACUCCUCAGUACAGCCAUCAAACAACUUGCUGGAUGAAGCAGCUCCCAGCUGCAGUGAAGGUCCAUUUUUGCGGAUGAUAUUUGAUAAUCUCAGCUCAAUGCUUUCUCUUCCAUAUGAAAUAAACAUACAGGUACGUCAAGUGAUAGAUGUGAUGCUAAUGACCAAAUGCUAA